GGAAUACACUCUGGAUGUCUAUCGACUGUCCUCUGUGGUCACCCAGCAUGAUGCCAAGAAAGCUGGCGCAGAAGUGGUGAAACAAGUGGAACAUCCUCUCCUCAGUGGUCUUCUCUACCCUGGGCUGCAGGCACUGGAUGAAGAGUACCUGAAAGUUGACGCACAGUUUGGAGGAGUGGAUCAGAGAAAAAUCUUCACUUUUGCAGAAAAGUAUCUCCCAUCCCUGGGCUACACAAAACGCAUCCACCUGAUGAACCCCAUGGUGCCUGGAUUGACGGGCAGCAAAAUGAGCUCUUCGGAAGAGGAGUCUAAGAUUGAUCUCUUGGAUCGAAAAGAGGAUGUGAAAAAGAAGCUUAAGAAGGCUUUUUGCGAGCCAGGGAAUGUGGAGAACAAUGGGGUCUUGUCCUUCAUCAAGCACGUGCUCUUCCCCCUUAGAUCAGAGUUUGUGAUCCUUAGAGAUGAGAAGUGGGGAGGCAUUAAAACUUACACAAGCUAUGGAGAUCUCGAGAAAGAUUUUGCUCAGCAGGUUAUCCAUCCGGGAGACUUGAAGAACUCCAUAGAGGUGGCCUUGAAUAAGCUCCUGGAUCCUAUCAGAGAGAAGUUCAGCAGCUCACAAAUGAAGAAACUCGCCAGCUGCGCAUAUCCUGAUCCCUCCACAGCAAAAUCUGCCGUGAAAGGCUCCACAAAGAACUCUGACUCUGAGGAAGUCGUCCCAUCCCGAGUGGAUCUCCGGGUUGGCAAAGUGCUCAGUGUGGAAAAGCAUCCCGAUGCCGAUGCUCUGUACGUGGAGAAGAUUGACCUGGGGGAGGCUGAACCUCGUACAGUGGUUAGUGGUCUGGUGGCAUUUGUGCCCAAGGAAGAGCUGCAGGACAGGCUGGUGGUGCUGGUGUGCAAUAUGAAGCCCCAGAAGAUGCGGGGAGUUGAGUCCCAGGCCAUGCUGCUCUGCGCUUUCAGUUCUGGAGAUCCCUGCCAAGUGGAACCCUUGGACCCCCCAGCCGGCUCCUGUCCUGGACAACGAGUGUUUGUAGAAGGCUUUGAGAAUGGCCAACCGGACGAUGAGCUGAAGCCCAAGAAGAAAGUAUUUGAGAAGUUGCAGGCCGACCUCCAGAUUUCUGAGAACUUUGUGGCCCAGUGGAAGGGGAAGAACCUUAUGACUACUCUGGGGAACCUGACGUGCAAAUCUCUGAAAGGGGGCAUCAUCCGCUAGAGCCCCAGCCUGCCCCUCUCCUGUCCCCCCCACGCCCCCCAUCUCCUGCCCAUCUCUCUUCUUCCUCUGUGCUUCCAUCCGUGAUCUUUUUGCACCUGCACUUGACCCAAGAAAUCAGGAACUGGUUGGGCCUCCGGACUUCUGUCCCCUGGAGAAGAAACGCCUUUCCAGCUGUGACAGGGCCUUGGGAUCCCUUCUCUCCCAACGCCCUCAAGAUCGGUCUGAGUUGCUUCUGUUCACUGACUGGUGAAGGUGACCAAAGCUGCUUCUUGUCAAAUCCGGCAGAACGAGACCUUUCCCCAACCCCCCUCGAGUCUGAUCUUCCCCCCCAACGGCCACAACAGCCUUCCGUCCAGGUGAACGGGGAGGCCUCGCUGCUUCUCUUCUGCUGCUUCCCUUGAGUUCGGAUGGGGGCUGGGGAAGAAGGGCUCCCUCGGAGGAGCAGACCAGUUAGGCCUGUCCUGUCCUGCCACAUUGUUGUGAUUGCCUCGAAAUACAGUGCUCCCUUUUCUUGGCUGCUUCUGUAAAACUGGUUGCCAGACCUGGGCAUCCCCGGCUGUCAACGAUCAGUGGUGCUCCAGAAAUUAAAACUUGAUUUGGUUUCUGGGCAAAAGACAGAAAAGGAUUUUGUUUCUUCUAAAAUGUUUGCACAAACCGUACUAAGAAAAUAAUUUUGUUAGCCACACAAGGUCAAAUCCAGAAAUAAGCCAGAAGCGGUUUGCAGAAACAGGCAGGCCAAAGGCCUGAGUAUUUGGGACCUGACAGGUGGGUUCUCACCAGUUCAGCUGAACAUGCACCCAAACAGGUUCUCUCUCCAGGGCAGCCAUCUUGAUUUUCUGUUCUGCACGUGCACAGAACAAUCUUCAUUGAAAAAAUGUAAUUUUCCCCCUCUUUUAAUGUGCACAUGUGCAGACCUUUUUAGUGCGCGUCUGGCGUGGGUGCUUGCUUCACUCAUGCACGCAAAAAUUUUUGGGUGCCGAACUGGUGGUAAUGCCAGCAGGAACCCACCCUUGGGACCCAGCAUCAGUGAUACUUAAAGCAUUUGAAUACCGGUAGUCCUCAACUUACGACUCUAAUAGGGGCCUGCUCAUUACCAUUUGCAAACCAUGACGGUUAUAACCUGGUUACUUUUUUUUUUUUUGCAAUUCCGGUUUUCAACAAAAACAAUUGCAGUCAUGUGACUGCGGGACGAAACACAUGGCAAUAAAUGUGGCCUAGUUGCCUGGUACCUGAAAUGC